AUGUGUGACAAAAUCCCCUCGUGGAAUGUCGUCCAUAGACUGGAGAAGCGCCAGCUUCUCAUCGGGAUCAACUGCGUGGCUGCUCUGUCUAUUUUGUUCUUCGGAUACGACCAAGGAAUGAUGGCCGGUGUCAACAACGCAAAGGAUUAUAUUGAUCUCAUGGGAUUCGGUCAUACGGAGAUAGUGGACGGCGAGGUCACUCCGGUGGUCACGAAUUCCCUGCUGCAAGGUGGGAUUGUGUCUGUCUACUAUUUGGGAACGCUUUUUGGCGCAUUGUUCGGUGGCUGGCUCGGAGACCGGACGGGAAGAAUCAAGACCAUUGCAGCUGGUUCUCUAUGGGCUAUCCUGGGCGCGACUCUACAGUGUUCGGCACAGAACCACAAUUGGAUGAUUUGCGCGCGUUUCGUUAAUGGUAUUGGAACCGGCAUUUUGAAUGCUAUUGUUCCUGUCUGGGCUACCGAGACGGCCGAACAUACUUCGCGCGGACAAUUCAUUGCUAUUGAAUUUACAUUGAACAUUUUCGGUGUUGUCCUGGCUUAUUGGUUGGAGUUUGGCCUGUCUUUCAUUGACAACGGAGAGUCAGCCUUCCGCUGGAGAUUCCCCAUCGCAUUCCAGAUCAUCUUCCUCCUAAGUCUCUUUGGGGCUGUCUGGUUCUUCCCCGAGUCACCUCGAUGGCUCGUCAAGGUCGGCCGGGAGGAAGAGGCCCGCUACAUUCUCCAGCGUCUACGUGGAUCUAGCGGAGAGGACCUCCUCCGAGCAGAAGCCGAGUUCCAGGAUAUCCAAAGCAUCGCAGAGCUGGAGCGGACAAUGAAUCACGGCGACUCAUAUCUGUCUAUGCUGGUUGGUUACAAAUCGGGAGACCUCCAUAUCGGCCGUCGUGUACAGUUGGUCAUUUGGCUACAGGUCAUGCAGGAAUGGGUUGGUAUCGCAGGAGUUACUGUCUACGCACCGACCAUCUUUGGUAUUUCCGGGUUUGAUUCGAUGAAGAGUCAAUGGAUCAGUGGACUGAACAAUAUUUUCUACAUGUUUGCUACGCUAAUUUGUGUCUUUACUCUGGAUCGCAUCGGUCGUCGGUGGACUUUGUAUUGGGGCGCGGCUGUCCAGGGUAUUGCCAUGUUCCUUGCGGGUGGAUUUUCCCGUCUCGCUAUCGACAACAAGGCAGCCGGUGAUAUGGGCAAGGCAUCCUCGUAUGGUGCUGCCGCGGCUUCGAUGAUUUUCAUCUUUACCUCUGCGUUCGGAGCUUCGUGGCUCACAGUCCCUUGGGUCUACCCGGCUGAAAUCUUCCCCCUGGCCGUUCGUGCACGUGGAAACGCCUUUGGAGUUGUCGGAUGGAGUAUUGGAAAUGGAUGGCUGACUCUACUAUGUCCCGUCAUGUUCAGCGCCAUUGGCGAAAAGACACUUUACGUCUUCGCCGCCAGUAAUGCCCUCGCCAUUCCCAUGGUGUGGGCUCUAUACCCAGAAAGCAACCAGCGCACGCUAGAGGACAUGGAUCUGCUAUUCGCGGCGAAGACGCCCUGGACCUGGGAUGCAGAGAAGACCUUUGCGCGCCUCAAGGCAGAAAACCCAGGCAUGGUGCAGUCUCUCGGUCCCAAGGGCAGUCUGUUGGACCCGGAGACCGGAAAGCCACUUUCUGUUGCUGCAGCUGUUGCGGCUUCCAAGGCUGGUGAUAAUGCUGCAGGAGCGGAACAUGUAGAUCACGCUUAG